AUGGGUCAACCGGAGGAAGUAGAGCUUUGUCCCGAAGAGAACUUCGGUGAACCGUUUACGAAGGUGUCACGUGUCGUUAAUAAAAUCGGUGAACGAAACGUACGAAUCUAUAACCUACCGCAACGAUCCAUCCGCUUCGUGAAGGAUCUUGUUACAACUUUGGUGGAAGAAAAAUGGCGCUAUGCCUUGGCCGUGUUCGUAUUGAGCUACAUUGGCAGUUGGACAUUCUUUGCCGGCCUCUGGUACAUCCUAUCGUACGCACACGGGGAUCUAGCACUUGAUCCGGCGACCGGCGAACGGUUAUUCGACGGUGUCAUGCCCUGUGUGGACGGUGUGUCCGAUUUUGUUGGCUUUCUGCUGUUCAGUAUGGAAACACAGAUAUCCACCGGUUACGGUGCCAAGGUGCCGACGGAGGAGUGCCCGGAAUCGUUCGGUUUGCUCACGAUACAGUUGAUAGUCGGUCUGCUGAUCGACGCAGCGAUCCUUGGCAUAGUAUACGCCAAGAUGGUCCGUCCCCCGCAGAAGAUCUCAGAGACGAAGUUCAGUCGUCGGGCGGUCGUUUGCCUACGCGAUGGUAAGCUGUGCUUUGUAUUUCGCAUCUGCGAUCGUCGCUGGCAGCACGCGAUCGAAACGAAAGUUUCGGCGGUACUCCUCGAAUCACGCCGUACGGCUGAGGGAGAGGAGAUCGAGAAGCACGAGUCGUACCUGAAGCUAGAAAACGAUGGUCGGCUGAUACUGCUGUGGCCCGUCACCGUGUGUCACGUGAUCGACAGCGAGAGCCCGCUUUACGGGGUGUCGGCAGCUGACCUGCUGGAGCGGAAUUUCGAAAUCGUUAUCACGAUGACGGGUGGUACAAUGACGACAGGGCAGAUCAACCAGGCACGCACGUCCUACAUGCCGGCGGAGAUCUGCUGGGGCCAUCGGUUCCGCAACAUCGUCGAGUACGAUUCGAGAAAGCAGAGCUACGUCGCAGUUAAUGAGCAAAUGCACGACCUGGAACAGGUCGAUACGCCACUAUGCAGCGCCCGUCACCUGGAUCAAAUAAGGCGCCAAUUAAGCCAAAGCCAAACCAAGAACGAGCAACCAGGAACCCAGGUUCAAACCCCCGAAACCGAAGCGUAA